AUGGCUCAAUAUAAUAUUAACCUAGACCACAAUUUGUUUCUCGGCAUUAACAGAAACAAAGAGGUUACUGCGGAUCUAAUAAAUACAGGUAGUGCCAAUCGGGAAUCUAGUGAAGAGUCUGAAGAAGAGCGUCUUCUUGUGGCUUACUGCCGUUCCGGGAAAUUAGGAGCCGCGUACUACACGCUACAAACGGGAGAGCUGCAUGUGCUAGAUGAGAUAGUGGACCGGCCGCCGGAGCACCAAGUGUUCGUCAGCCUGUUCAGGCAAGUGGGCCCCGCCAGGCUGCUCCUGGACGGCAAGACUCAGGGCUCCUUCGUCAGCGCCGCCAAGGGCUUAAUCCUGGGCGGCGAAAGGGAAGGCAAUUGCAAGCUCGUCUUCAUUUCCUAUAAGGAGUACAGCUACGAGGCUUGCAAGAGACGCGUGCACACCCUCUCCCUGCCCCAUGAGCCCCCCAACAGCUCUGACGACGACCGUGCGUUGUUCCUCCGCACCGUUCUGGACUUCGGCCAGCUGCAGAGCAUACACGCCCUUGGCGCCCUGCUCAGAUACCUCGACCUCAACUGGAGCAAUCUGGUCAUGGACAUGCACAGCAAACCGCAGUUCUUGGGCUUGAAGAAAAUCUCAAUGGCGGACCUGGUGAUGAUGGACGAGGAGACGUACAGGGGUCUGCAGGUGUUCAGCCCGCUAGCGCACCCUAGCGGGUUCAAGCGCGGGGCGCGCCGCUCCGGCCGCGAAGGGCUCAGCCUCUGUCGGCUGCUGGCCCGGUGCCGCUCUGGGCUCGCCCACUCGCGCCUCAGAGUGUUAUUGAGACACCCCAGUUGCGAUCUGGCGACCUUGGAGCGGCGAUUAGACGUCGUCGAGUUCUUCACCAGGCCGCAGAAUGAGUGCCUCAUGAGGAACAUCUGCUCCUCGCUCGGUUUCAUUAGGAACGUCAACGGUAUCCUAGCGAAGAUAAAAGCGCUGUCAGCUAAGCCGUAUCAGUGGAAAGCACUGUACAGCACGUUGUACCACGCGGUGCUAAUAAGCGAGAUGUGCGAGGGAGCAAGCGAAUGCUCUCUGCUACGUCAACUGGCUACGCACGACAACACCGACCUCUACGAGAUGGCGCUGUGUAUGAACAGAAUAAUCGACUUCGAUCUCUCAAAAACAGAGGGAAAGUUCACAGUAAGAGCGGGCGUUGAUCCAGAACUAGAUUUGAGCAAUGUGAUGAAAGAGAAGCGGAAGAUGGCGGGCCUGCACGGGCUGAUGUCAGAGGCGGCGCGGGCGGAGUUGGCACGGCUGCCGGACUCGGUUGCAGAGUGCUCGUUGCUCUACAUGCCGCAUCUGGGGUACCUGCUGGCCCUCAAGGCCCAGCGCCACGAGCGGCUGCCCGGGCUCAGGUUCAUGGUGCGUGCGCUCUAUCUGUUUACUUCCUCAAGCCGCAUCUGUUGCCCUACCACCAUGAGGCGGGACGGCAAAACCUCUCAUGGUAAAUUAAAUGCGGAAGAGCUGGACGUGAUGAUCGGGGACGCUUACCCCGAAAUAGUGGCGCACGAGACGCGUCUGAUGCUGCAGCUAGCGGACACUUUGCCGCGAAGACUGCGCCCUCUGGGCCCGCUCCUCGACAUGUGCGCGGAGCUCGACUGG